UUUAUAAUUAAACAAAUUUCACGAAUAAAAAUUUUUAAUUUGACUUGCAUUCUUUUCACAAUUGCACCUCUGGCCAACAUGGCGGCAUCGCUUGGACGUAUUUGUCGAUCUGGAUUUUUAAAAUCUAAUAAUGGAAGUCUAUUUAACCAGUCUAGUCAAUUCUCGACGGUUAAAGACUGGUCCAGAAGUCGAAAGGCGAUGGUUUCAUGUUUGGGUGUAGCCGUUGGAGGUGUUGGAGCAUUAAUUUAUUCAUUAGAGCAGUCAGUAAAAGCAUUUGAAUUGAUUGCUCAUCCUCCACACUACCCCUGGAGUUGGGAAGGUUUUGUAAAUUCCCUCGAUCAUGCAAGUAUGAGGCGAGGAUGGGAAGUUUAUAAAAAUGUUUGCUCAGCUUGUCAUAGUUUGAAAUUCGUCGCUUUCCGUCAUCUUAUUAAUGUAACGCAUACAGAAGAAGAAGUUAAAGCGAUCGCUGAAGAAUAUCAAAUAAAAGAUGGUCCUGAUGACAAAGGAGAGUAUUUCAUGCGGCCAGGAAAGGCAUCAGAUUAUAUUCCUAAUCCUUAUCCAAAUGAAGAAGCAGCUCGUGCUGCUAAUAACGGAGCUUAUCCACCAGAUCUUUCGUACAUUGUUAACGGAAGACACAAUGGGGAGAAUUACGUCUUUUCAUUGUUAACUGGAUUCUGUGAUCCGCCUGCCGGAAUCUCACUUCGAGAAGGUCAAUACUUUAAUCCCUACUUCCCUGGAGGUGCUAUUGGUAUGGCUCCGCCCAUCUACGAUGAAGUAAUUGAAUUCGAAGAUGGAACUCCAGCAACAACAUCUCAAAUUGCUAAAGAUAUAACCACUUUCCUUAUGUGGACAUCAAAUCCUGAGCACGAUGAACGAAAAUAUUUAUUUAUAAAGACUCUUGCAGUUGGUAUAGUACUAAUGGCUGGAUGUUACUGGAUGAAGAGACACAAGUGGUCAACUGUCAAAUCUACCAAACUAGCAUUCAUCCCUAAAAAGAAACAGCAGUAGUAAAAAAUCACAAACAAAUAAUUAAAUAAAUAAAAUAUUAACUCAAUUUAAAACAAUUUAGCUCGAAAAAUAACUUACUUAUUAUAUGAACGGUUUAGCAAUCGAUAACGCCAUCAAUAUUUAUUGGUUUAAUUUAAUGAAUACGUAGUUUUGAUAAUUUAAGCUGAUUCAAAAACGUAAAAAGUUUAAGGAUGGUAUUAUCUAAUUAAAAUUAUGCUUGAAGUUAUUAAGAGUAUGGUAUUAAUAUGCCAGUGGUUACAUAAUUUAACUCUCAAUAACUCAGCUGUCAAUUCAUACCGUAUGAUUGAAUUCGUACAAUGUACAUAGAUGCCAACAGUGACAUCAUCAUCUUUAAUAAAUCGUUGAAAAAAAAAAUU